AUGCGUUUCUUGGCUACAGUCGUUCUUAUCUUGGCUACUCUUCUGGUUGUUUCCUCAUUUCCUCAACUUCCUUUCGGAUUGAAUGAGAGAGGAGGACGCGGUUUGAACAAUCGUGAAUUUCUUCGAAGUUACAACAUGCACAACGUGAACACCUUGGCAGCAUUAUCUCGUUAUGGAGAUAUGUUCGAGAAGCGCUUCAUAGCUCGCGAGUAA